AAAGAAAAGAAAAAGUUUCUUCAGUCUUCACUCUUUCUUGAAAAGUGUUAUCGUUUGGUGGUUGUCUUGUUUCUUGCGUCUCUAAUUAAUCUUUUGCAUCAUCCAAAUACAAAAAGUCCAUUAACAACAAAAAACCUUAUCUCCUGACUCGUAUUUAAUGUCCAUCCUUUAUCAAUUGUUGCUUCGGAAUAACAAAGCAAAGUACAAAUGCAGCAUUGGUUCUCGUAUCAGUGCUAGGAAUUGGAAUUGGAAACGUACUCAGUUUCGUCGUUUUCGCUUGAAUGACGAAGACGUGAUGAAUUCCAAUUCUGUUGUUAGCUAAUAGUUAGAAGAUUCUGUGUGUUUUUCGUAUCCGUUUUUGAAAUAGAAGAAGUGAAAAAAGAAAGUUUCUUUGUUUUUUGUUUGAUUUUGUAGUCGUUUGGGUUAAGGUUUCUCCUUCCGAUGGCUUCGUUUGCGCGCGAAAAACUCUUAAAAUCGUGGUCACUAGUUCCGGAAGUGACUCUGAUUAAAGAGGUGGCUACCAAAGGUGAGCAUGUCCAGCUUUGCAUUGAAUAUUUAGCCCGAAAGAAUGAGAUGCCAAUCGACGAAUGUACGCAAUAUUUUCAUGACGUCGUUGACUUAUAUGUGGCAAGGUUACUUGGGGAGAAGCUUGUUUGUAAGGCAGAUAAUGUCCUGAAGAACGUCCAUCGCAAUGUGAAGCACGUGUUCCUUGAAUUCGGAUUCCAAUGUCCCAAUGAGGAGGUCAUGGAAGCCAUUGUUGAGCAUUUGAAGAAGAAAGACCCGGUGGAAUUCGAGGAAGACAUGAGGGAACUCUACUUCUAUCACUGUAUUGUGGUUCAAAUCAAAAACCAUCCCGCAUUGCUUGACGAGGCAAAGAGAGAGAAUUCCAAGAGAAUGAGUUUGGAGAAUUUCCUUAACCUCUCUGAGACCACUCAGAGAAAACUCAUGGCAAAGCUCUAUAUGGUCACAAAGAAUGCGACAAUCCUGAGUCGGAUAAAGAAGCAGGACUUGUGGGAUUGUUUCGUCGAGGGUCAGCAUCACUUGGAACUCAUCCAAUGGUGCUAUGCCGUCGAAGCUGAUUCUGAGGAAGACGGCUUCUGCAAAUGGCCGGUGGAGGUCGAAAUGUACGAGUUCGCUCUGAACAAACUCAAAAACCCUCCCGACACUCUAAGAAAUCACUUUGCUCGCAAAGGCUUCAUCUUUGCCGAUGAAAAAUACGACGUUUCCAUGGCGCUUCGAAGGAUCUGCUCCUCGGAGAGCUUCAAAACCAACAAGGAAGUCAUAGAUAAGCUGAAUAUAGGUCAAUUCGUCAUGGCCCAACCGAACCUCUAUCCAAUUUUGCUGAGAGAAUUUGUGUCAUCCCGGGAAUUGGAAGAAAUCCGAGACUCCACGGCCAACGGAAAGGAGUUCCUCGACUUGAUUCUCUCGCUCAAAUACCACGACAUCAAAACCCGCCAAGGAUUUCAACAGAUCGCCUACUCGGUUCGUCAAUAUUUGGACAGCAAAAACGUCGCCUUCGACGACUCAUCCCUGUCACUCGUGGAAUUUCUCCUGAACGACGCUAAUAGCGUUUCAUCCCUUAAUGCAUUCCUGCACUCCAAUCAAAUGCCUUACCUCACCGCCUUGGCCAAACGACUUGAAGAGAGCUCCCAAACCAUUCCAUCGCCUUAUGAUCUCCUUAAGCGCUUCAAAAACCUCGACUUCCAGCAGAUUUGCAACGAAUCGGGAGUCGAAGAGGUGGCCUCGUUCUCAAACCCGCUUCUCUGUGAGAAGUUCUCCCGCAAAUACCAACUCAACUUCCUCCACUAUCUCAAGCAACAACGGAGUUGCUAUGCCGCAUAUUUUUUCUUUGUGGAGCACCUUAAAAGCUAUUCCCAGAUCACAAAGACGCAGCUCUUCACCUCCACUGAAACGGUUGCUGAAUUGGCUCUGCAAAGCUCGACUAAUCCCGAUUUAGUGGCUCACUGCGUGGCAUUCAGUGAAAUGCUGGGAUUCGAUACUCAGAAUCUGAGGAGCUUCAUCAAGCUCUCGCGUAUCUCCGAAGGACAGGAGGACAACGAUAUUCAGUUCUUUGGAUUUGGAGAUCUCAUUGUGACCUGCGAACAACGCUUGGCUCAGAAUCUUGAAGUUUUUCCUCUGUGCGAGUAUCAAGCUCUCAUGAGGAUCGCCGAGUGUAACCAGUACAAGAAAUGGCCGGAGGCUAUUAUCGAAAAGUACUGCCGAGCCAACGACUGGUGGAAGAUCCUCGUCCUGGUGCAUUUCUUCGACAUGCCUCUGGAGCAGGUCAAGAGAAUUUCACGGCUCUUUAAAUGCAGGGAGAUUGGUGAGCAUCUAAUUCGAGCCCUUUCCUACGAACCCAAUACCGAGAAACCUAAACGUCGACCCAGUGUCUCGAGACAGAAAGCCAGAUCGAUUAAAUAUGAGAACUUGCCCUCGACGACAUCAGCCGAGACCUUGACAUCGUCUAUAAGUUCCUCGAAUGAUCCCAAUGCCCUGUUCAAAGCCUCCAAUCAAAUCCGCUUUCUCCACGAAAAUGACUCGGUGGACAUCUUCGCCAUAAUCCUCCUCAGUUCCAAUUCGAUUCCAGAAGAGCGAAUCUUCUGGGAUCUGAACAAAUUUCUCGAGAUAAUCGUAGACACUCAUACGUACUCGACUUCAGUGAAUCUUAUGAAGAACGCCAUUAACUAUAACCUUCCCAUUCUGUCGCUGCUCUCUGCCACAGUCUCGUCCCAGAAUCUCGACUGGAAUUGGCUCAUUUGGUUGGCUGUUUCGACAGAUUUCUGGAGUGAGAUCAUCUCGGUUCAUCAUUGUGGCAGAACCACUUCCAAUCUCAGUACGCUCUCGCAUGGAAUCAAUCAGACAGUCUGGGCGUUGAUAGAGCAUUGCGUCUGCGAUGGAUAUGUCCAGACGCUCUACCAGAGUUUUGAAAUCUUCUAUAAGGACACUCCUAUCGCUCAGUUGACGAGAUUCCUUCACGAAACGAAUCAACAUAUCUUCACCGAUGACGUGGUAAAUGAACUUCGCAUGUUCCUCUUAGCCUGGAGCAAUGACGAACUCGAGUUGCCCUUCUGCGAAAACCCAAAGAAAGAUCAGUUAAUGUUCCAGACCACCAGAUUGCUAAUGCUCCAUUUGAAGGAGAACUUCAGUUCGAGGUUCUAUCAGGACAAAUUUCUCACACUCAUUUGCCAUUCGGGCAUUAGUGACAUAAGCGGCAUUGUGGACUUCUGCCUGCUCAAGGAAGCCUUCACCAUAAUCAGGGCCAUUCCAACGAUAGAAAUCAACUUCUUGAACCUCCUCGACCAGGGCAAUCUGGAAUACGAUGAGAUCCUAUCGAUUCUAGUCGAAACCAAGCGCUACGAUGAGGCCAUCAAACUGUCCACAUUGUUGAGUCUUCCCAUCAGUGACAUCGUCUACGCCAAGUGGAUAUCGGAGGCGGAAUCUCUGGACUCGGAGAACCUCGAUUUCGAUCGCUAUGAGGAGGAAAUCGUCGAUCAUAGUUUGCCGCCGGAAAUCCUGGUGAAUUUCUGUCUCUUCUCGGCCGGCAGACUCACCCAGAUGUGCCCGAAGAAGUACAUGUUGCUGAAGCGCGCCCUGGACGCUAUCAAGAGCCACCACCUCUUCCCGAAUGAGUCGUUCGAUCGGGACCAAAUCGAGUACGACAUGGUUUUGUGUUAUCUGCAGGUUCCCGAGGAAGACGUCGAGAAGUGUGACAUCUAUUACUCCGAGUACUACGAGGAGAUCAUGCUGAAGGAGCGUUGUGUCUUGUACAAGUCGUUUCUGGAGCUGAAAGAACUGGCAGGCAUCGAGGACCUCACAUCGAGUCUGAAGAUCGAACUCACCGAGAAAAUGAAGCUCCGUCUGGCUUUACUGCUGAAUAAGCUCCUGGACGAUGGGGAUAUUGUGGAGGCCUUGAGGCUGCAGGCUUUGUUCGAAUAUCGACCAAUUGACUUGCAUUUCAUUGUGUUCUGUAUGGCUCUGGCAGAAGGGCUGACCACGAUGAGGAAUUUAUCGCAAGAGGAGCGUCAGAUGCUAAGUGAGAUCGAAAAGAGUUCGUUUUCCAAGUUCAAUAAGAGGACGUUGGGGAAUUUAAAACCAAGUGGAACAUCAUCUCCUCUCAAAAUGGGUGACUUAUCGGAUUCCAAUUCGACUAUGGAACUGUUGGAAUUCGAGGAGAUUCCUCCAAAAGAGGAACAAGAAAUUCUGAAUGCCAUUCAGGGAAUCGCUUCGAAGUUGAAAUUCGGAGUGAAUCUGGGCAAACGGAUUGUGAUGACAUAUCGAGCGGCAAUGUACUUGGACAAGGAGUACAUAGAUGUGCUCCGAACAAAGGAUCAAGCUUAUCUCUUAAAGAAGGCAACGAAAGAGGAUUGUCUGCAUAAAUUGUUGGUGGUGUCUGAUAUUUUCACAUCGACGCAAAUGACUCCUUUGGAGAUAGCUGAACACCUCUCCUUUGAAAUCGCCACCGCCGUCAUUCGUCCACGCUUCUACCUCUUCGAAGUCGAUCAACAGCCGAAGAGCAUCAAUCAGCUGAAGAACAGUGUCCUGUGGGGUUUCAAUCUAGAGCGGGAGUUCCACCUGUUUCUGGAGCUCUGUCCAAGCACAACGCUUCUCGGUAACAGUCUACUCGACUACUGUGACGCCCUGAAAACCUAUCGGAAGUUCCAAGAUGGCAAAGACUACGAUGCCAGCGAUGUCUUCGAAAAACUAUCCGAGAUAAUUCGUCUCUAUGGACUGCCAAAUGCUGCUCCCGGUACAACUCAGGUUCUCUCCCACAAGAAGCAAAAUCUCAUCUAUGUCGAGUUGCUCAUCAAAGCCCAUCAAUGUUUUGUGCACGAGUGUUCGAUGGAAGGUAUUGCAAAUGUUUUGACCAGAGCCAAGGCUCUGAAUACGAUCCUGACCAAUGCCAAGUCAUGGUCGUUGAUUGUUCGGAUGCUCAUCGGGUUGGCGCGGUAUCGGGAGAUGUUCUAUUGCUUUGAUUCGCUCAUCAAGAACGAUCAAUUCGAGUCGUUGUUGGGGCAGUUUGAGGAGUAUAAGGCUGUUAGUUUGCGGCAGGCGAUACUCACAUACCUCCGGGAGUAUUGUCCCGACAAUAAGGACUAUCUAAAGUUGGCCGGGUUACAUUUUUCCAUGUACAAGGAAUUGGCAGAGAUGUGGGAGAUCGAAGGUAGGGAUGUCCUGGCUGUUGUGGCGAGUACAUCUCAAACUUCUGGAGGGGAAAUUUCGGCGGAACAGCUUAAGAUUUCGUCACAGCAUGCUGCUCCGAUUCCGAAGCUAAAAUGCAGCCAGGAGUUGUUGGUUCUUCUAAAUCAGGCCCUCGAAUACUUCACCCAUGCCACAGAGAGCUACCUAAUGGACAAUAAGCUGUUGCCAGCUCAAAAGAGUGUCUCGAUGGCGGAACUGAUUGCCAUGCAGAUUGAUUUGGUUAACAAGGGAUUGACAAGUGGAAAGUGUGUUUCAGUCAUGGCGGUGCAGUCAAGGGAAGACCUCAAGGAGUUGGUUUACUCAGAAUUGAGAGUUCCUCAAGCUAUGAUCCUGAGUCGUGCUUAUUCGAUCGAAAUCAAUUGGGCUGAAGCGAUUCUCUUCCAAUAUGUGGUUCUAGAGAGAAAGGCUUAUCUCACCGAGUUCCUAAGUCAAAUGCAUAUCAGUGAUGCUUUGAUUGAAAAUGUCGUUAAGGGAUUUCAACUUUAUUCCCUAAGCAAUGCAGUGAAUAGACAAAUGGAAGAGAAUCUUUGUGUUUUGGUGGAGAAUGUGCAGUCAAUUGCCUUAAAGUACAAACUAGCAUCGUUGUUGAAUAUGAAAUCAACGGUAAUGUCGCUUCUAAAUGAACAAACUGUUUAUUAUUUAAAGGAUACAAAUUAUGGACGAAAUGAAGGCAAUAUUGCUGAGGUAUAACUUAGCCCUCAGCAGUGUUUAGGAUUAGGACAGUGUUAUUUUUCUUAUUAUGUAUUGUUAAAAUUUAAUUCAGGAAUGUAAAUUAGUUUUUAAGUCGUUUACAAAAUAAUCUUUUGUUAUCUUAUGUAUUUUUUGUUUCAGUUUACUUUAUGCAAUAUUUUUAUAUAAAAUUAUACACAAACCAUAAAAUAAAUAAAAUGCAAAUUGUUAUACACACCCA